CUCGGUUUUUCACUCGCGCCACGAUGAGAAACGCCAACCUCUGGUAGCUCGAUUCCGCUAAGAUGAAGGGUAUCGGCCGCUUGUUACUUAGGGUGGUCGGAGCAAUGGUGAUCGGGGCUGCCGUCUGCGGCCGUAUUCCCGGCCUGGCGAAGAGUCAACGAGAGCAGUGCAGAAAAGCGCCGCACGCGAUGCCCGCGGUUGGCGAGGGCGCGGAACUGGGACUUCGCGAGUGCCGGCAUCAGUUCAGACAUCACCGUUGGAACUGUUCCCACGUGGCGAACGAUCAGGUCUUCGGCCACGUGGUCGUAGUAGGAAGCAGGGAAGCAGCUUUCACGUACGCAAUAAGUUCAGCGGGUGUAACGUACGCCGUAACCGCAGCUUGCAGCAGGGGCAACAUCACCGACUGUGGUUGCGAACCCACCGUAAGGACGAGAAAGGAGUUGCCACCAAAUGGUUGGGAAUGGGGCGGUUGCAGCGCCGACGUCACGUAUGGAAUGAGGUUCGCGCGUAGGUUUCUGGAUGCGAGGGAAGUCGAGGGUGACGCGAGAAGCCUGAUGAACCUUCAUAAUAAUAAAGCUGGUCGAAAGAUAGUUAAAGCUCUUCUGCGAACUGAAUGCAAAUGUCAUGGCGUGUCUGGCUCUUGCACCGUGAGAACCUGCUGGCGAACUUUACCUAGUUUUCGUCAGAUCGGCGAUGCAUUGAUGAAAAAGUAUUACAGAGCCAGACCUGUCAUAGCGAUUACCCCACCGCCACCCCCUACGAUGCAGAGUUUAGAAACGCUACAUUCGACAUCGGCAGAAAUGGUGCCGAUUUUAGGAAACGAUGCGAAAACCCAAGGGAAACCGAACGAUGUUGGAAAGUCCCGACAUGAUCGACAACCCCCAAAAAAAGCGACAAAACCAAGAAGGCCGCACUUAGUGUUAAAAAGAACGAAAUCAAACGGUGGAUCGAGCGUGGGACAGAAAAGGAUUCCAAAGAGAAACGAGUUGGUUUUUCUACAACCAUCCCCUAAUUACUGCGAGCCGGAUUUGGUGCAAGGAAGUCUGGGAACGCAAGGCAGAUAUUGUAAUCGUACAAGCAAAGGUACCGAUGGAUGUGAUUUGAUGUGCUGUGGACGCGGUUAUAAUACACAUCAAUUUACAAGAACAUGGCAGUGCAGAUGCAAAUUUCAUUGGUGCUGCCGCGUGCAUUGUGAAACGUGUACCGAACGUACAGAGGAAUACACGUGCAAAUAAACAUUCGAAUGUGUUUGCAAUCUUAGUAAUGUAAAUAUGUAUUAGGCAUAACAAGCGACAAAAAAGAUUUCUUUUUAAAUUAAAUUCUUUAAAUAUUAGAAGAAAAUUCUCUAUAAUUAUUAGAGAAUGUACAAUCUCUAUGCGGAAAAUAAAUAAAUUGCGUUUCGUCGAAAAUAAUGUAACAUUACAAAUGCGAAAUUUUUAUAAAAAUAAAUACAUAUAACUGUAAUAAUCAACAAAGCGUUCCUUCUUAUGCUUAAAUUAAUCUAUUAAAAACGUAAUAUUCAAUAAAAAUUUUUAUAAGUUUUUGUAAAAUCUUUGUUACUAUGUAUAUUUAUAAUAUUAAGAAAUAAAAUAAUGGCAAACUGCUGAAUGAUAGAUAAGAGAUAGCUU